AGUCAGUCCUCCUCUCACGAGUCACGACUCACGAGCCGAUCUCUCACACAGUCACACGUUGCGGGGCUCCUCCCACCUCGUCUUCUUGUCGUCGCCCUCGUCCUCCCCUCUCCUCAACCAAGGGGCGCAUGAGCUAGUGUGGACUGGAGAUCCAUCCAUCUGCUGGACCUGGAUUGACUUCUUCUUUCCUAGGGACAUCCGAGGAUGUCGACUCCUGCGAGAAAGCGGUUGAUGAGGGAUUUCAAGCGGUUGAUGCAGGACCCUCCGGCCGGCAUAAGUGGCGCCCCGCAGGAUAACAACAUACUGCUAUGGAACGCUGUGAUCUUUGGCCCUGACGAUACUCCAUGGGAUGGUGGUUAGUUUAUCUAACUUCCGUUACGGGUUGGAUAUAUAUGCUUCAUCCUUUUGUGCUACUUGUUUUCUUUGACCACGGCAAAUUCAUUAUGUGCUGAAGUGCUUCUCGUGACCUAUCCAAACAAUUAAGUGCACACGUGUAUGCUGCUGCUGUUGGCAAUGCCAGCGUAACGUCUAACUUACUAAUGUGAUUAAGUGAUACGGGAUGUGAUAAUCCACCAUCAGAAAGUAGUCCAUUAAUUGGCCGCUGGCAGAAUGAAAUUUCCAAUCGCCUGAGUUUAGUAACCUUGCUGUCGACUGCAUGGCACACUAGACUAGAGUAAAAAAAAAUCCGAGCUGACAUGAGACUGAGGCGCAGUUUUAAUUAAUAUUCAUAAUGUAACAUGCUGAUAUCAGUGCGAGUCUUGAUAAGUAAAAAAUGUUAUCAAUUUAACUAACUUAUAAAGCAAAUAGCAAUAGUAGCCAACAAAGUUACUGCCUAACCUAUCUUGAUAUAUAAUUUUUUCUCUCACGAAAUCUUGAUAAAAAAAGCAUAUAAUUAGGGAACGAUCUUUGUGCCAUAAGGAGAUGCAAUAUCUAUUCUAUCUUAAUGGAUAUAAUCAAUUGCUACAUUCAUGUUCCCUUUUUAUCAUUGUUGUAAUGUGAGCUGCUUCAGUAGAACACAAUGGAUACGCUUCAUCAAAAUGCUAUGCCAUUUAGCUAUCCUAUAAGCUAUAAUGCAUUCUCUAUUGGAGGAUAAUGUUUAAUCUGUGUGCAACUUGUCACCUUAUUUUUUUUCUUUGUUGUGGGGCCAAUUGCUUAUGGCUUACUCCAUAUAUGUAAAUUUGUAUAGAAGUAAUUCUCUUAAAGUUUGCAAAAAAGUCAAAACAUCACCAUUUGGAAUUAACUGAUCAUAUAUUGUCGGUCCAUAGACUGGGAAUGUAUUAAAUUGAAAAUGGUCCUAAUCACUUACACUGACUCACACCAUGUCCCAUAGAUCAUGUAUCACUUUGCUUAUGGGUUUGUGCUUGCUACAUAGUUUAAUUCCUCUCGCUGAUACGAUGUUUUAUUGUUAGGUACGUUCAAGCUAACUCUCCAGUUUACUGAAGAAUAUCCAAACAAGCCACCAACUGUGCGAUUUGUUUCUCGGAUGUUUCAUCCUAACAUUUAUGCUGAUGGGAGCAUAUGCUUAGAUAUCCUGCAGAAUCAGUGGAGCCCGAUAUAUGAUGUAGCUGCUAUACUUACAUCCAUCCAGUCGUUACUGUGUGAUCCAAACCCGAAUUCGCCUGCUAACUCCGAAGCUGCCCGCAUGUUCAGCGAGAACAAGCGAGAGUACAACCGCAAAGUGCGGGAGGUUGUGGAUCAGAGCUGGACGGCAGACUGAUGUAUUGCAUCGGGCAGCUUGUCACAGCGCCCCUCUGGUCCUUCCCAUACCAAAAUGCAUGUGCUUGUGUAACUGAAUAGAUGAAUUCAGCUGUGACUGCUGUUCUCCUGUAUGAGCUGCCGUGCUUCCUAUCUUGGUUGGACCGGUGAAGACUGUUCCAAUUUCGAUUUUCACCUAUGCUGGAUCUGGAAUACAAGCUCAAUUAUUCUAAGCAUUAUGCAGACAUUUUAUGAACUUUUGCCUCCUGUGCAUAUCCAUCAACAAAGGAACCUAAGAAAGCUCUGGUAAAAUAUUUCAGAACGAGUAUGAUUGCCAUAAGCUCUGGUAAAAUAUUUCAGAACGAGCGUGAUUGCCAUAAGAACUUGGGGAUUUUAGCUAAAUUUUGAGAGGCUAGUGAGAAGCGCAAGAGACCAGCAGCACAGCAGGCGAGGGGUUGAUGGCCGCCGAAGGCGAAUCGCUGGCGGCGCCGCUACUCGAGCGGAGCGCCGGGCGGCGGGACCCGUUCGUGGAGGUGCGGCUGUACCGGCGGGGCGCCGGGCCGGUCGCGAUCUUCCGGUCGGACCUGUCGGGCCCUCGCCGCGACCGCCUCGACGUGCGCCGCAUCCAGGCCAACCACGGCCUCCGGGCGCUCUACGCCUUCAAGCCCGAGGGCUCCCGCCGCGGCCUCCGGAUCAGGUGCGACCCGGCCGCCGGCUACUCCGCGCUGCCCUUCCGCGACGGCGCCGCCAUCGCCCUUGACGGCGAGCCCAAGGAGUCGUGGACGAAGCCGGUGUCGGUGGUCGUCGCCGGCCUGCUGGUGCCUGCGCUGAUGGCGGCGGUAGCGGUCAACGGGGUGCCGGAGCCGCUGCGAUCGUCGAGGGUGAUCAACGGGAUCUUCCCGCCGUGGAUCCUCGUCAGCGCGGUCAUCAUCUUCGCUCGCGCCAGGACGCGGCCAAGAGCUCCGUGAGUCCGGGCAGCCGGAGCUCUCACAUGAAUGUUUCUAGAACACGUCAGUUUCUUUCCCUAUAGGUCACAUAAAAUCCUUGGCCUUUGCCUAUGUAAGAACCAGUUGCGAUGUAAUGCGACAAAAAUGGGUUAUAUGCCCACAGGAUUUUGAUUGAUGAAAGGUUACCUGAAUGUCGAAAUGCCGAGGAUUCACGCG